AUGAUGAUAUACGAGCGACCCGUUGUUGAAGAGCCCGCCGCUCUGCCCGGCUCCGGCUCACCUCCCGGCCUGACUACCUCGAAAUCCUCCAAAUCGUCCUCCUUUCACUCUUCCUUUUCCGACCGCGAGAGCGUCCUCACCGAUGUGAGCAACUUCGAGGACAUCGGUCUCGAUGACGAUGCACCUCACUACGACCGAGACAUGCAACAGCCCAAGCGCGACCCCAGCCCCUACGACGCCUCCUACGCUUCCGACUUGCGCGCAAAAUCCAUGACUAGCCUCUCCAAACCACAGCAGCAGCAGCGUUCUUUGUCCAAGCCGCGAAGCCCUCAAGUCUCACAGCGCGAGAUCACAACAAAGAAGAGGCGGCCCAGUGCCCCGGCGUUGCAGCCUCACAACUUGAGAUCGAACGUGCGCAGCACCAACACAAGCCAGCUUCUUUCCGAAUCCUACAUCACCUCGCAGCCCCGAAGCAACAAUGGCCGCCCAAACAGCCGACCUUCAGUCCCCGCCUCCAAGGGCAGCCGCACCCCUAGUCCCAACAUGCGUCAACUCCGACCGAGCCUUUCGAUCAAGCCCAGUCCCUCGAACAUGACACUCAGGCCACGGAGAGGCAGCUGGCAGUCGACACGCGAGCGCAAGACCGAAGCCGAGCUGGAGCGGGAAUGCGACGAGGACGACGGUGAUGACAUUCCCGAAGGGUUUGUGCUGGACAACGUUCCUCUGUCACCUCGGCCCCACUCCGAGCGCACAAUGAGCCGGCCGGCUUCCAAGUCGAACUCCCCAGAGCGUUCACCGAAGCCCAGAGUUAGGAGCGUCGGCAAUGGUACCCCCGCAACUGGCGGCGAAAGCGGCUCCAUCGGUGCACUGCGGUCGCCCUCCUGGAAAUCCGACACGGCAUUGUCCUCGCUCAAGUCUCCUCUGUCCGAAGGCAUGCCAAGUCCGCACCUGACACGCGCCAGCAGCUGGAACGUGACCCUGGCUGCCCUUAACAAGGAAGCCCAGGAGCUCACCGAGAAGCUGGAAGAGCAUGCCGAGGAACUCGAGGUCAAGUCGCAGAGGUCCAGCACCGGGUCGAUACCUAAGGCCCGUCGGGCGAGUACCACCGAGGUCUCACGCCCAAAGCACAAGUCUGCCCUCGCAGAGCUGCCACCCCUGCGCCGCAGCAACAUUAUGAUUGAUCCUCUUCCCAUCUCGAAAGAGAAGGAGGCAGUUCUUUCUCGCACACGUCCCUCAUGGCUGCCACCUAAGGAUCCUGCCGAGGAACGCCGUCAUCUGAAGGAAUACCAAAAGAUGAUGCAAAGGAGCGCCGAGAACGAGCGACGCAGGGAGGAGCAGAAGAAGGCCAUGUCCAAGAACAAGGACACCGCAGCCGACAGCAUCAUGCAAAUUUGGGAGCACGAGAUCGUCCCCCGCUGGAACGAUUCGAUCCGCGAGCGCCGUACCCGUGAGCUCUGGUGGAGGGGCGUCGCCUCUAGGAGUCGCGGCGUCGUCUGGACCAAGGCAAUCGGGAAUGAUCUGGGUCUUACGGAGAAGUCGUUCGAGGCCGCCCUGGCCAGGGCCCAGGAGGCCGAGGCCCGUGAGAAGGCCGGCCAUGGCAGCCCCGAGGAUCACAAGGUGGUGGGCUGGAUGCGUACCAUCCGCAAGGAUGUGGAGGCGCAGACUUGGCGGGACCUCAAGAUCUUCCAAGCUGGUGGACCCCUGCAUCAGAGUCUGCUCGACGUGCUGAGCGCCUAUGCGAUGUACCGCAGUGAUAUCGGUUACGUCACUGGUUGCAACACCAUCGCGGCGCUCCUCCUCCUCAACCUACCCAACCCCACCGAAGCAUUCAUUGCCCUAGCCAACAUCCUCAACCGCUCCCUCCCGCUUAGCUUUUACUCGGACGACCAAGGCGCCAAGUCGUCCGCCUAUAACCUCCUGCUCCAAACUCUCGCAACGAAAUCCCCGAAACUCAACGCUCAUCUGACCGCCCUACCUGACCACGAUGCCGAUACUUAUUUGGGAGACAUUUUCACUUCGCUCUUCACUGGGCACGUAGCAUUAGACGAGGCAGCUCGGCUGUGGGACGUCUAUGUUUUCGAGGGUGAUUCCGUUCUCGUCAGGGCGGGUGUCGCAGUCCUGCUGGAGCAUGAGAUGGCCCUGCUCAGCACCAAGAAUAUGGAUGAGGUCAAGACGGCCAUCUGUGGCAAGAAGCAGAAGCUGGUCGGCAAGCCAGGGGACGAGGACCGGUGGAUGAAGUCCGUCCGCGAAGCCGGCAAGCACAACUCUUAA